AGGUAUCUGCUGAGUUCAUGAGAAAAGGCAGGAAUGGAGGAGAAACAGACUCUUUCCUCAUUUUUACACACCAGAUAUUGUGUCACAACACUUAACUUCUAUAUUGAGCUUCCCCGGGCCCAGGGUAAUCAUUUCGCCCAAGGAAACCUCCUUACUGGAGCCCUGAAGAUACGCUUAAGGAGAAGGAAAGACUGCAGCAGCUCGGGGACACGGAAACACUGGCGCAUCUGGAACCACCACAAUCUCCACAGGUUUCUCCUUUGUGGAGACUGAGUCUCCAUCUCCACCUCUACUUAUGAGUCUCCAACUCCGUCUCUACCGCGGAGGUUCUAUCUUCAUCUCUACAGCGGAGUCUCCAUCUCCACCUGUACAGCCAUGUCCACUUCCCCCAUGAUUGACGCUGGGGAACUACAUUACCCAGAGGAGAGCGCGGGGAGCCUGCGAGAGGGCUCAGCCAAUGAAAACAGGGGUUUCUUUUCUGCAAAUUAGGACGGGGAUUUCCAGCUUUGCUUUUCCUGGAUUCUCUGGCUGGGUUUGCGUCCAGCUGGCCAGGGGAGGAACGGAGUGAGGAGCACGGCUUAGUCCUGUGGCUCCGAGUCGGCUCUGCGGCGCCCCUUGACCCGCGGGACGGCCCUUGUGUCCCUCUGGCCGGCAGAGUCAGAUGGCAGCGGCUGUGCGGGGAGACCCGAGUCAGGGCCCUGUGACCUUUAAGGAUGUGGCUGUCUACUUCUCAAAGGAGGAAUGGACACUGCUGGAUGCCUCUCAGAGACUGCUGUACCGCAGUGUGAUGCUGGAGAACUUCUCGCUCAUGGCCUCUGUGGGACUUGUACCUUCUGGAACCCAAGAAAUCAGUCAUCUGGAGCUGUGGGGAGAGCCCUUCAUCCAGGCACUGGGAAUCAUGACUCCAGCUAUGUGGACAGGUUGUUGGAAUGGAGUGGAGGCUGAAAAUGCACCUGCUGUGCAGAGUAUUUCUACAGAUGAAGGACUCGGUGCGGCCAUUCCCCAGCAGCAAAAGUCGAGUCGUGGUGAGAAGCCCUUACAAAUAGAAGAGGCCAGGAUCUCUGUAAAGAAGAAUGGCACAAAACGCCAGUUGAAGAAUUUACGAAGCAGGAACAAUGGGAUGGACGUGCAUCCCAGCCCAGGUCUUAGGCAUGAGCUGACUCGUGGGGUCGGGAAGUCAUCCAGGAACUCUAACAGUGGAGAGGCCUGUCCCAGUGGGAACAGCAACUACCAAUGCAGUGAUGGUGGGAAAACCUUUAGUCAGAAUUCUGUACUUACUCAGCACCAGACACUACACCCAGGAGAAAAGCCUUAUGAAUGUAGUGAAUGUUGGAGACGAUUUAAACAUAAAUCUAACCUUCUGGUACACCAAAUAAUUCAUAGUGGAGAAAGACCGUAUGUGUGUACCGGAUGUGGGAAAUCCUUUAGUGGCAAUAGUGACCUCAUUCAACACCACAGAGUCCUUAAUGAAGAAAAGCCUUUUAGGUGCAUUAAAUGUGGACAGUAUCAAUGCAGACUCAUUCAACAUCACAAAAUCCAGACUGGAGAAAGGCGUUAUAAAUGUGAAGAAUGUGGGAAAUCCUUUCUCCGAAAUUCUCAUCUCAAGGAACACUUAGUUGUUCACACUGGUGAGAAGCCUUUUAAGUGUAGUGAAUGUGGGGAAUCAUUUAGGUGCAGAUCCACCCUUAAAAAUCAUUUCCUAGUUCACACCAGGGAAAAGUCCUAUGGAGAAAAGUCCUAUGUGUGCAGUGAAUGUGGGAAAGUAUAUAUGGAAAAAUCCAGGCUUAUAAAUCACUUGCGAAUUCACACUGGAGAAAUGCCUUAUGAGUGCAGUGAGUGUGGGAAAGUGUUUAGGCAGAAAUACAGCCUUAUAAGUCAUUUGCGAAUUCAUACUGGAGAAAGACCUUAUAAGUGCAGUGAAUGUGGAAAAGCAUUUACGGAAAAAUCCAGCCUUCGAAACCAUCGGCGAAUUCAUACUGGGGAAAAACCUUAUGAGUGCAAUGAGUGUGGAAAAGCAUUUUCAGAAAAAUCCAGCCUUCGAAAUCAUCGGCGACUUCAUACUGGGGAAAAACCUUAUGAGUGCAGUGUUUGUGGAAAAGCAUUUUCAGAAAAACCCAACCUUAAAAUUCAUUACCGAGUUCAUACUGGGGAACGGCCUUUUGAGUGCAGUGAGUGUGGGAAAGCAUUUAGUCAGAAAUCCAGCCUUAGAAGUCAUUUGCGAAUUCAUACUGGAGAAAAACCUUAUGAGUGCAGUGAAUGUGGAAAAGCAUUUACCAAAAAAUACAGACUUAACUGUCAUAGGCAAAUUCAUACUGGAGAAAAAACUUAUGAGUGCAGUGAAUGUGGAAAAGCAUUUACAGAAAAGUCCAGCCUUAAAAGUCAUAACUGUGUUCUUGCUGGGGAAAAGCUUCUUGAGUGCAAUGAAUAUGGGAAAGUGUAUAGGAAAAAAAUCCAGCCUUAAAUGUCACAGGUGAAUCCGUACUGGAGAAAAACCUUGUGUAUCGGUGCAGUCAAUGUGAAAAAGCAUUUACAGAAAAUUCCAGUAAGCCUUUUGAGUGCAAUGAAUGUGGGAAAUCUUUCAGGAAAAACUGUCACCUUACAAAACACACAGAAAAAGUUCACAGCAGAGGACAGCAAUGAGUGUGGGAGUCUUUCCUGAACAUUCCAGCCUCAUUUAACAUCAGAGAGUUCACACUGCAGCAAAGUCUUUUGAGCUCAGGGAAUGCGGGAAUGGUUUUCCUAGCACUUCUGGCCUUUAUAGACACUGGAAGAUUCCCAGGUGAUGGAUGCAUUGUGAGUGCAGUGAACACGGACAAUACCGUAGUUGUCUAAUGUAAUUCCCCAGCAGAGUGUCCACUGCACAAAAUGCUUCAGUGCUUCAGUUUGGAGAUCCUCUGCCCGUUCUUCCAUCUCUUUAGCCCCAGAGACAUCCCAGUGCUGGAAUGAGUCACACAGGCACUGAUUGAUCAUGGGAAAGCCUUUGAGCAAAGGUCUGCUCUCACUAGCAACAGUAACAACCCAGAUAUGUUUAUGAAUGCAGGGAAUGUAGAAAAGCUUCAGCCACUGACCUGCUUUGUUCAACCUUUGUGAGGGAGCCAGCAACUGAGUAUUCUCAUGAGACUGGCACAUUGGAACAGUGGGAGGAUUUUUGCUAUAAGUCCCCAGUCGGGCCUUUGCCACGGUGCCACUGGGAGAGUUGAGCCCUGUGUUCUCGAUUGCUCCAGACUGGAAUGGAGUGUCCAUGUUACUGAGUUUGGAUGGCGUGGGAACAUAAUUAUGGCCUUGGUCUAAAUGACUGCUGAUUGUUCUUCUAACUGAAUGCUACAUUUUUCUAAAUAAAUGUUCAUUAGCGCUAUGCUCUUGAUGACUAUUUCAGAGAUUUUUCUGCUGUGCCUAAUUUUCCCUAGUUUUUCUGGGGACCAACUCUAGAUAGGGCCCGAUGCUCUUGCAUAGAAGUUACCAGAUUUCCUUUUAAACUUUAUUUUAUUUUUUUGUCUUUUUGAGACAGGGUCUCCCUGUAGCCCCAGCUGUCCUGGAACUCACUGUGUAGACCAGGCUGGCCUCGAACUCAUGAAUAUCCGCCUGCC